AAAGGGAGAAGGAGAGAGAGAGAGAGAGAAGAGAACUGCAUAAAAGAAGCUCCCUUGAGAUUUCUAAAAUUCAUACAAAAACGUCAUAGGUAAGGAAACUUACCUGAUUUGGCAUCUGACCUUUAGUGAUGGACUCAGAAGCAACCUCGGUUUAUUUGGAUUAUUACUAUGCUACAAGCCCAAACCCUGACAUCAGGGAGACCGGCUCCCAUGUUCGUUAUACCUCUGUCUUCCUUCCCAUCUUUUACACGGCCGUAUUCCUGACUGGAGUGUUGGGGAACGUCGUCCUCAUGUGUGCGCUGCAUUUCAAACAGGGCAGCCGAAGACUGAUUGACAUCUUUAUCAUCAACUUGGCUGCCUCCGACUUCAUUUUCCUUGUCACGUUGCCCCUCUGGGUGGAUAAAGAAGCAUCUUUAGGACUGUGGAGGACGGGCUCUUUCCUGUGCAAAGGCAGCUCCUACAUAAUCUCAGUCAACAUGCACAGCAGUGUCUUCUUGCUCACUUGCAUGAGUGUGGACCGCUACCUGGCCAUCGUGUGCCCAGCCAUAUCCAGGAAAUUCAGAAGGAGAGACUGUGCAUAUGGAAUCUGUGCCAGCAUCUGGUUUAUCUCCGGCAUCCUGGGGUUGCCCACCCUUCUGUCCAGGGAGCUCACGCUGAUUGACGAGAAACCAUACUGUGCAGAGAAGAAAGCAACUUCAGUUAAACUGACUUACGCCCUGGCGGCCUUAAUUUUCACCUUUUUUGUCCCCUUGCUGAGCAUCGUGACCUGCUACUGUUGCAUCGCAAGGAAGCUGUGUGCCCAUUAUCAGCAGUCUGGAAAGCAUAACAAAAAGCUGAAGAAAUCCAUAAGGAUCAUCUUUAUUGUCGUGGCAGCUUUUGUCAUCUCCUGGCUGCCCUUUAACACUUUCAAGCUCCUGGCCAUUGUCUCUGGGUUGCAGCAAGAACUCUAUUUGUCCCCAGCCAUUCUUCAGCUGGGCAUGGAGGUGAGUGGGCCCUUGGCAUUUGCCAACAGCUGUGUCAACCCUUUCAUUUACUAUGUCUUUGACAGCUACAUCCGCCGGGCCAUAGUGCACUGCUUGUGCCCUUGGCUGAAGAACUAUGACUUUGGGAGCAGCAUCGAGACAUCAGAUAGUCACCUCACCAAGGCUCUCUCCACCUUCAUUCAUGCAGAGGAUUUUGCCAGGAGGAGAAAGAGGUCUGUGUCGCUCUAAAAUGAACUGUGACAUUUCAAGCUCUGUUGGUGAGUUAGGGAGUUAAAUUUUGUCAGCAGCAAAGAAAGAAGAGAAAUAUUAAUGAUAGAAUUCAUAUUGCUUCAUAAAUACAGGGAAGAUUAAUUUUUAAAGAGAGGGCCGAAAUGUCCCUGUGUUGUGGAUAUAAUUAGGCCAUGUCCUGAAAAAUAGCUGAGAAGCCUUAUUUGACCCUUGCCAAUGAAGAUUACCAGGCAAAAUACAAUUCCCAUCUGUCCUUGAACUCUUAGACAAAGGCUUCUGCUUGAACCAUUUCCUUUCUUCAUGAUUGUUAAUGUACAUUCAGGCCUUUCCUCUCUCAAGAAUCAUGGUAACUUCAUCUUCCCUAUUGGGCUCCAAAUUAGACUAUAUUUAAAAAAUUCUGCUCACUUUCAUCUAGUAAGAAAUAUAGUGACAGUUUAGGUAACAAAAAUAUGAUACACCUGCAUUCUGUCAUUAAUUGUUCCUGAGUUACUAAGCUACAUUCUGGCCUCAAUUUUUAUAGCUUUAUGUAGUGAUUCUUCAUCAUCUUCCAACACUGUCAUCCUAUGUCUACUCACAAUGACUUUGGGCUGGCUAAAAGCUCAUGGGGAUAAAAUCAUUUUAUGCUGUGUUUAUGAUUUGGGACUGACUUUAUCACUGGACCUUCUAGUAUUUUAACACAUAAGCAUAGGGCAAGACUUGACCUUUGUCUUAUAAGAUACAUUGGUAGAAAUGUAUCUCAUUAUAAUAGUGUAGCAACUGCUUUUUAAUAGAGUUUUACUAUGCUCUUUUGUUUUCAUUGCCUUUCUAAAUUAGGAUUUAACUUUGCUUUAAUUACAUGUUUUUAAUUACCCAGUUAUCUAGUUAUCAAAUAAAAAUGUUGCUACUAAUAUAAUUGAAGCUCAUCAAAUGCUUAGCUCCACCUCAAUGCAGAUUAUCUUUUGUAUUUUAAUCAAAAUGUUAGUGCUUCACAUUCCCUAUAGCAUCAUUUGCUUGGUGCCUGUCAUUUAGAUGUGAGAUCUGCUAAUACAGGGAGACAGGAUUCCCUGUACUAAGCCAAAGUGAAAAAUCUAUAACAAAGAUGUUGCUAGUAUUUUAUAUAUUUUUCCAAAUUCAGAAACUUUCCUGAAUUCCUGCACCUAAUAAAUAUUUACCUAGUCAAUUUGUACCUAUAUUCCUUUCAAAGACUUUGAAGUGAAAAACAUGUGAAUAGUGGCAACCACAGAAGGCUUUGCAGCAGCAAACAUGCUGUACUGUAAACAUCUUUUGAUUCAAGAGAAAGUGGAUUAUGUUUUUUAUUUCUGCUGUUGACCCAAAUGAAUUACCAUUUUACUUCUAAAUAUUAGGAUUGAAAAUCAGAAAAAGCUUAGAAUCUUUUCAGAGACUAGGUAGUUUAAUAUCAUCCCAUGUAUCUUUCACAUUAAGAGAAAUCUCAAAUAUUGGACAUCUUCUCAUAUUAUCACCUUUUUAGAAGUUGAAAACACAGUUUUUUGGUUUUAUAAAUUGAUUAAUUUAUUAAUUUCUCUUACACUUUUAUUAAAUAAAAUAUAAUUUCUUUACAU